CUUUUUUUAAAAGGGGGUAGGUGGAGUUUCCCCCUCUCUCCUGUCCUCAGACCUGAGUUUGGGUCACAGCGGUUGGGUGUUUCCAUUCUCCUGUGUCCCUCCUGGUAACCCCUUCCCCUAAAAGUUAACCACAAAUCUGCAACUUUUCAUCAAGUUUAGGACAAAUCCAAGAGGUUUAGAGCUCGACUCAUCGAAAUAUUGCAAUGGAUCAGCACAAGUAUCGCACGGCAGGCGUCCAGGAGAAGCUGGAGAUCAUCGGGGUGGAGGACGAGGCCGGCAACCCAAUCAGCGCCCUGACCAUCCUGUCCCUGCUGGAGCGCGUCGCCGGCAUCAUCGACAACGUCCAGUCCAGCCAGCAGCGCAUGGAGGAGCGUCAGCAGGACCUGGAGAACAACAUCAAGACCAUCCAGGGGGACGUCCUGAAGCUGGCCAAGGACCACACGGACACCAGCGGCACGGUGGAGAAGCUCCUGCAGAAAACCCGCAAGGUCAGCGCCAACGUCAAGGAGGUCCGGGCGCGCGUCGAGAAGCAAAACGUCCGGGUCAAAAAGGUUGAAACGACGCAGGAUGAGCUGCUCACCCGCAACAAGUUCAGAGUCGUCAUCUACCAGGGUGAGACAGAGAUCCCCUCAGUGGCCGUCACCAAGUCUCCCAAAGGACUCGGCCUGGAGGGGCUGGACAUCGAGCCCGACACCUACGACGUCCCCGCCGACCUCUCCUCCGACGAGGAGGGCCUGAGCGCCGAGGACGCCGACCCCUCCAGAGCCGCUCGACUCAAGAAGUCCAUGGUGAAGAGCACGGAGUCCCUGAAGGCCGCCUUCUCCAAGGAGAACAUGAGCAAAACCAAGGGCAACCUGGGCACCAGGUUCCACAACCUGGGCGAGAAGGUGAUGCCCCCCGAGCGCCGGGAGAAGAUGCACCAGGCCGGCGAGCGGCUGAAGCAGUCCGGCGAGAGGCUGAAGGAAAACAUCGCCAAGAAGGCUCCCACCAAGGAGACCUUCCGCAUCAAGCUGAAGAAGGAGCGGGCCGUGGCCGAGGGCCAGGAGGGGGCCGAGGCCGAGGCCGAGCUCCAGGGCCAGGCCAAGGGGGAGGGGUCCGCCGGCAUCACCUACACCGAGGUCGCCAUGGAAUCCAAGAGGGAGGGGCCUGUGGAGGAGGCCGGCGCCACCAGGAUAACAGAAGAUUACAGGAAGUAGAGGAAAGAUCUGACACGAAAGACGAAGCAGGACACUGGGAAAAAAAAAAAAAGAAGUUGUGAACGGAGUUAGAGAGAAGGUCUGUGAUUGGUCCACAUCAAAGCCGGUGACAUGUUCAGUAGUUUUAGAUUCAAAGUUCCCAAGGUUUGUGUGUGAUUGGCUAAUUUGUGAGUGGUGGUCGUUAACAGGUGCAGAUGAGUUUUAAUUUGCACGGAAAAGGAAAGAGAGGACGAGUGGGUUAAUUAAGAGAAGGGUGAAGAAUGUUGGUCUUUUAUGUGGAUGUAAAUAUAAUGUUCCAAAAACUGGGAGGGUGAACCAGGCCUCAGCUGGUCUCUGAGGAGCCUGAGAAGAGAUAAAAGAAACUAACACCGGCCCCGUUCAGACCUUCACGCUGACAUCCAGCCUCUCCAGAGUCCAGGUGUGAACAGUGAUCUGUGGAGGGGGCAGUUGGAGGUGGUGGACCGGGUGCAGAUCAGAUCUCUCAGGGUGGAUGUUGAAGGUCUGGAGGUCUGAACGGGGCCGCGGAGUCGACGUCAGACUGGUUUCUGAACGCAGAGUGGGGGGGGAGGAGGUGGGGGGACCUCGUGGUGCUAGGAGGCAACAUCAGUGAGCGCUCGGGUAGAAAGGAGGUGAAGAGCCUUAACUGGACCUCAGGUGGCAUCAACGAUGCUCGUUGUUCCAGCUCUUCAUGUUUACACUGGGUUAAAUGUUUAAACGCAAAAAUGAUAGAACGGAGGAAUCCACGGGCGCUACCUCGUGCACAUUCCUCCUUCAGUUUAACCGACUCAUAAACUAAUGAAACUUUGCAUGAGCUUCAGAGAAACGCGUCAGCUCUAGACAGUAGCUGCUAGAGUGGAAGUGAGUGUGCUGGAUUUAAGGUGGUCUGAGCUUUUUGUUUUUUUUUUGGGCACUUCUACGUUUUGCUGAAUGAAUGUUUUAUUUAAUUAACUUAUUGUUUUGCUGCUUGAUGUUUAUAGUUUCUUUUAAAGCUGAGCGAGCACGCGGAGGCCACCGCCAUUUUUAACUUUUCAGUCGUCAGAUAAUAUAUAACCUUUAGAGGCUUUAGCUUCCAUAGCGCUGCUGCUAUUAACCUUUAGUACAGAGUCUUAUUCUUCUCCUGUCUCAUUUCAUACUUCUGUUCCUGUUCCUGUAUUUGUAGCUGCUGAGUGGGUUUAACAGUAGUUUGAUGGUAUCCGGGUUCAGACUGGAACGUGACUGUACUCACCUUGUUUUUGUAUAAAUAAAGCUCUCACACGACCUCCAGGAACCGUGACACAC